UCUGUGACAGCCAGGUGCCCACUGCGCAUGCGCGAGAAGCACAUGACAGGUCCCAAAAGACGUCGGGCCAUUCACAAAGCGCAGCACUCUCUCGCGCAUGCGCAGUCCGCAGUGUCAGGUCAUGCCCUGUGCUGUCUGCAGUCUCUGGUCAUCUGUACUGUCCACAGUCUCUGGUCAUCUCCUGUACUGUCUGCAGUCUCUGUUCAUCUCCUGUACUGUCCGCAGUCUCUGGUCAUCUGUAGUAUGUCUGCAGUCUCUGUUCAUCUCCUGUACUCUCCGCAGUCUCUGUUCAUCUCCUGUACUGUCCGCAGUCUCUGGUCAUCUCCUGUACUGUCCGCAGUCUCUGGUCAUCUCCUGUACUGUCCGCAGUCUCUGGUCAUCUCC